AUGCUCGAGACUCAGCCUCUCCUCGGUGGCCCCAUCAAGGACAACGCCAGGACCGUCCUCAUCGUCGCGAGCGUCGUCGCCCUCGUCGUGGGCGUCAUCGUCGGUUUCAUCAUUGGUUGGGGAGUCUUUGAUGAGGGUGAUAUUACUGUGAAGUCGUUCAAGGAGGUGGGCAUCCUCCACUCGCUCUCGGGUCCGCUUGCCGUUGACGAGAGGCACGUGGUGGACGCCACCCUUCUCGCCAUCGACGAGAUCAACGCGGCCGGUGGCCUCCUCGGACAUCACCUGAAGGUGGUCCUACGCGACGGCUUCUCCGACGAAAAGAUCUUCGCCUCCGAGAUGCAGCGCAUGCUCACCCAGGACAAGGUCGACGUCGUGUUCGGCUGCUGGACCAGUGGCAGCAGGAAGGCCGUCCUCCCGGCCCUCGCCUCCAACAACGGUCUGCUCUUCUACCCGGUGCAGUACGAGGGCGUAGAGUCCCACCCCAACGUCGUCUACACCGGCGCUGCUCCCAACCAGCAGAUCCUGCCCGCCGUGCAGUGGGCCUACCAGCAGGGCUUCAGGAAGUUCGCGCUGAUUGGUUCGGACUACAUCUUCCCUCGCACGGCCAACGCCAUCGUCAAGGAUGCCCUCUCCACGAUGAGCGGAGUCACCAUCAACGAGCAAUACCUCAUCCUCGGCGAGGAGGACCCCAGCCGCGUCAACGCCGCCGUGGCCAACAUCAAGACCUUUGCCCCCGAUGUCAUCCUCAACACCGUCAACGGCGACACCAACAUGCUGCUCUUCAACGCCCUCUCGACCUCGGCCGUCAGCGGUGCCGUCAUCUCGUUCAGCGUGGCCGAGCCGGAGGUCGUGCAGAUCAUGGCCAGCGGCGUGUCGAUGGCCGGUUCCUACGCCUCGUGGAACUACUUCCAGAGCGAGACGAGCGCUGCCAACAACGCCUUCGUGACCGAGUUCAAGAACACCUACGGCCAGGCUUCCGUGAUCGGUGACCCGAUGGCUGCCGCCUACACUGGCGUUCACCUGUGGGCUGCCGCCGUCAAGAAGGCCAACAGCUUCGUCCAUGCGGACGUCAAGGCGGCGCUCCCCACCGUCUCGGUGAGCUCGCCCAUGGGCCAGGUGACCGUGUCGGCCACGAACCAGCACACCGUCAAGUCGUGGUAUCUCGGCCGAGUGCAGGCCUCCGGUCAGUUCGCCAUCGUCGCGUCGAGCAGCUCCACCAUCAACCCGGAUCCCUACCCGCUCGCGGGCGCUCACCAGACGCAGACCGCGUGGUCGAACUUCCUCAACUGCUGGAACAGCAAGUGGGGCAUGUGGAAGAACGGCGCCGGCCCGUCGGCCAUCCUCCCCAACGACGCCUGCUAG